UGUUUUAUUUAUUUAUAUUUAUGUUUACGAUGCGAAACGUGUAGUGCAAAAAUGUAAUGAAAUUAUCAGGCAGUAUUUUUGAAAUUUAUUUUUAGUCAUAUUAUUACGAUUUGUAUUCUUCUUCUUUAAUUUCCAUUUUCAGUUAUUCACUAGUUUUGAAUGUUAAAUCUGAAUUUUGAAUGUUAUGGUUGUUCAAAUCCGGUGUUGAAUAUGAAUGAUCAUCAUUUAUCACGGAAGAAAAGAACCUUGAAUAACCGACUUUCGGAGAAAAUUGGUGUUUCAAAACGUAACCGGAAAACUGUCCAGGAGAAUGAUUACACAUUUAAUUGUCAAAGCACGGAUAUAAAAUUAAAUGGUUCCCAGUCUGCUGUUCAGCUGUCAACAUACCACUCUGAAAAAAUUAUUUCUGCAGGUUCUGCUUUACGACUUACUAAAGAUUUCUACAAUCAAGCAUGCACUAUAUUAGCUAAGGAUCUUUUAGGAAAAGUUUUAGUUCGGAGAUUGGAAUCAGGGGAAGUGUUACGUGGUAGAAUUGUUGAAACUGAAAGUUAUUUGGGUAUUGAAGAUAAAACUAGUCAUUCAUAUAAAGGUAAAAGGACAGAAAGAAAUGAAGCAAUGUUUUUAGAUCCUGGAACUGCGUAUGUAUAUACCAUAUAUGGUAUGUACUAUUGCUUUAAUAUUUCUAGUCGGGAAGAAGGAUCUGCUGUUUUGAUUAGAGCACUCGAACCAUUAGAAGGAAUACCAACAAUGCGAGAAUUUCGCUCUGUUAAACGAAAUAAUUCUUCGACGUUAAAAGAUAAAGAUUUAUGUAAUGGACCUUCAAAAUUAUGCCAAGCUUUUAAGAUUGAAAAAACUCUAUUAAAUAAAGCCGAUCUAUGUACAUCAUCAGAUUUAUGGCUUGAAACUGGUUUUACUGUUGCUAGGUCCAAUAUAGUGGCUUGUAAAAGAAUUGGUGUAGAUUCAUAUGGGGAUGAAUGGGCCAGCAAACCACUUAGAUACUAUAUUAAAGACAAUAUAUAUGUUAGUAUAAAAAAUAAAGUGGCUGAAAAGCUGCUGGAGACAUCUUUAAAUAAUGGUUAAAUUAGUUUUAUUUCAGAAUACAAAGUUAAAAACAAAAUGUGUAUAUUCAUAAUAUUUAUAUUAAAUGUAAUUAUUAUCACAUUUCAUUAAUAAUAAUACUUUUUAACCAUGUAACACAGAAUUAUGUAUGAUAUUUUGAAAAAUUACUUCGCUGAAGUUUGGACAAAUAAAAAGAUUAAAUGUAAAUUAA